AAGUUCGGUUAUGUCUCGAGUAAAAAACUGACUCUAAUCAAGGAGUUCAUUGCUACAAGAUCAAACAAUGAGCAUGACAUUAACAAAAGAGUUGAAGACUUUGAGACCUCCCACCCAUCACAGCCUGAGCCGCAAAAGGAAUUACACGGAAGAAUUGAGGAGUUCAAGGAGAUUACGGAAAAACUUAAAAUGAAGCCUUUUGUUGUUAAUUUGUAUGGAUCCGCUGGAGUGGGAAAGACAACUCUUGCUAGGAACAUUUGUGAUAAAUGGGGUGGUGAGAAAUAUGUCUUUGAUUUAAGAGAAGCUAAAGAUAUGACGGCAGUUUAUCUGAACAUUAUGGGUAAACUUGACCUAAGCAUCCCCGUCAAUCGUUUAGAUAUGGGUACUGUUGUUGGAAGAAUUCAUGACCUGUUGAAAGUGACAAGCAAAGGUCCUCCUAUUCUUUUACUUCUUGACAAUGUGGAUCAGUUCACUGAAGGAAAGGGAAAGGAGGGAAAGAACUUAAGAACACAGUUUUUAUACUUUCUGCGAAAGCUGUCAGAGUUUGAUGGUGAGAAAGGUUCAUUACACGUGCUUCUGACUUCAAGGACUCAGCUGAAUAAUUCAGAGAAGGUGUCUGAUUUUAAGUUGCAACCUCUUACAAAUAAUUUUUCAGAGAAAAUCUUGCUACCUACAGAAACAUUUCAUGUUGAGGCACAGCAGAAGAAGAAGCUUCUUGACAUCUGCAAAGGAGUUCCAUUGCUAUUGAAAGGAACAGCUGCAAUUUUGAAACAAAGGAGAAAAUCUCCCAGUGAUCUUAUUGAUGAGAUAGAAAUGAACUCUAAAGAGGAAGCUGGAGUUCCUUUGAAAUUAAAAUAUGAAGAGGAUAGAGAAGAAAGACCUUUUAAUUCAGAAGAAGAAGGCGUUGAUGAUGAGCAAAUAUCAGUGAUCAGAGAAAUGUUCUAUACUUUACCAUCUGACACUUUGAGGGUUUCUGCUGUAUCAGUAUCCUUGUUUCAUGGGCCCUUCACUGCUUCCACUGCUGCUAAAAUUCUUGGUGUUAGCAUGUCAGAAGCAGUGGCACAGCUUGAAGGACUAGUAACCAAUGAAAUUAUUCAUGUAGUUGACGAAGAUGCCAAGCAGUUGAUGUAUGACAUUCAUCCACUUUUAAGAAAGUAUAGC